AUGGUAAAUGUUGUGGUUGUUCUUGGCAGCAAUGAGAGUGUCAGUGGGACUAUCUACUUCACCCAAGAAGCUGAUAGUAAUUUGGAAAUCCUGUCUGAUCAUCCAGCAAGUGUAGAUGUCUAUUUUUCACAUUUUCAAAGACAUUUUUGUUGCAAAAUUUUAGGCUCUACAACAGUAACUGGAAAUACUUAUGGCCUUAAGCCUGGUCUCCAUGGCUUCCAUGUUCAUGCACUUGGGGACACAACAAAUGGUUGCAUGUCAACUGGACCAUAUUUCAAUCCUGCCGGCAAAGAGUAUGGUGCUCCUGAGGAUGAGAAUCAGCAUGCUGGUGAUCUUGGAAAUGUCACUAUUGGUGAUGAUGCUCUAUGAUGUGUUUACCUCUAUCCCCUUGGUGAUAAUUUCCUUGUUUUUAUCUCUUUGUUUUUCCCUAUGGCAAAUUACUCAGGUUUAUGGAUUUUAUGAUGAAUGCCUGAGUAAGUUAUCUAUACAUUACCUGAGUGACAAUAUUAUUCAUUUUCCCUUUAAUACUAUAUUUUAAAUAGUCCUAAUAUAUAGUUUUUGAACCUGAUGAGUAGAUAAUGCAUUUCAUCUACUUGUCGACCUUUUUGAACCUGAAAUUGUAGAUGUGAUUGAACUUAUAACUUUUGUGGUUCAAGCAGGUGGAAUGUGUGGCUGUCCUGUUUGGGUUGCUAUGUGACUGGUUGGGUUGACACAUGGUGGUUGUUGGUUUUAUGAGUGUGGUUGUUCGGGCUGUUAUAUGUGGCUGUUUAGGCUACUAUGCAUGGCUAGUUGGUUUGUUUUAAUUACCGGAAGGUGUGGUUGCUUUUGCUUGAAGUUUGUGUAUGUGUGGUGGUAUUUUUGGGGUGUUAUGCAUUUAUGAGUUUUCAAGUUGGUAAAUUGGAGCAUGUGUAUUUAAAAAAUGAAGUGAUCUUUUGUGAAAGUCUGAAGCUCCACUUUUUGAAUGAUUUAUUGUACAAUCAUUCUAGUGAUAUGUAAAUUUAGUUUAUGAU